ACUAUCUGUGAGAAAUUCGGAGGGUUUUUUGGUUGCUAAGAAAAUGUAGAUAUUUAUUCCAUGUUUGAUGUCGAACAUUCUCAGCUUCUGUGUGACUCAGUUUGAGCAGAAUUAUCAUAAUUUCAUGGAAACGUAUUUACCACAUUUGUGAUAAUCUUGUAUAAGGUGUUCUCUGGGGCAGAGGCUACACAAGAUACAAACUGACUACUCAUUGCAAUAUAUUCUUAUGAAUACAAAUGGACAUAACACAGCAUACUAAGUGCUACAUCAAAAAAUCACAAAUAUGAAUGAUACAGGCCAGACAAAGGUUAAUUCUUCUGUCGUGAUGAACGUUGACAAUGAGUGUAUGACAUCUGAAACUAACAAAAUGAAUGAUAGUUCACAAACAGAUAAACCCCAGGUACCUGCUAAUGGCAUUGCAGAGCAUUUGGGUAGUACAAAAGGUCAGACUAAUGCAAGAGGCAUGUUUUUAAGAGAUGAGGAAAGUUUAAGUAAUGAAACAGUUUCAAUUCAUGUAGGUCUCACAGAGCAAAAAUCUUUAACCCUUUCACAGACCCAUGCUAACAUCACUCAACAGCAAGAUUCCUCUUCAGACCUAGCAGAUGAAGGCACAGAUCCUGAGCCACCAGUUACUCAGUGUUUGCCAUCCUGGAGACCGAAACCUGCAGCUUGCAACAUUUAUCGUAAGAGUUCUGCAAAUGCCAGGAAUAAUGGAAAAACAGCAUCUUAUUCCCAAGCUGUUGCUGGUCAUAGUGAGGAUGGCAGUGAAGCAGGUGCGUCUGGCCAUGACACCCUCACUAGCACUCUAGACUGGAUCCGAUGUGGGGCCAGCAUUGUUUCUAGUUACCUCAACUGGAAAAGAGAUGGUUGUAAAUACUCUUUUUCUUUGCCACAGUUCAGAGAUCCUGCAAAACUUCGACAGAUAAACUCCUGUUCAGAGCUAGGUCGGACUAGACACAGACUGCCACCUUCACAGAGGACACACCUACGUCAUAGUGAGAAUGUGCACAGUCAUGAUGUAGGGAUGCAUGAUGAGUUGUGUGAGCGCAGUGAGAACGAUAACUGCACUGGUAAUAGCUACAUCAGUGAAGAUUCGGGUCUUCAUCGAAGCCUUGAUGACACCAAUAGAAUUAUAUCACAAGUCUCACCAUUGCAGAAACAAGGUCUACAUGAGUCGAAGUACUCUCCUUCUGCCAAAACUAAGAGCAUUGGCACUGCUGCAACUAGUGAAAAGCAGCUGGAGUCUUGGGAUCUAAGGGAGCGAUCUAUAGGCAGUGUAGACUUGAGAGAUCAGAAUGUCUCAAAGACCUCAUUAGAUGGAAGUGCUCUGCCCUCAUCAAACCUUCUGUUACCGCAUAACACAUACUCUGAAGAUAUUCAUAAAUCUAAUCACAGCAUAUCUACUGGUCCUACUAAUCCAUUCCUGACUGUCAGUUCAGAUAACAUGCUUACUACAUCUCAUCUGAAUGGGGAUAUCCUUUAUAUUCAAAGUGAUCAACCAGUGCAGAACAGUAAAAUCCCCAACAACCAAGAAAGCUGUAUUUUUCAUCAUUUUAGUACAGUAGAUGAAUUGUCACUUGAUAGUGUCAGCUGUCCAACAUUACAGGCCACUGAAGACAACAACAAAUUUCAAGAGUGUGAUAUGGUCUCAAUUGCUCUUGACUCUGAGGAGAGUCGGAAUGAUGAUGCAGAUACUAUUGAAUGCAAUACACCUAGCCCAUGCAGCAGUACAGGGGGUGAUGAUCAUUCCAGCUCUAGCAGUGAGGUAAUGCAAUCAGCCAUGGGGCAGUCAGCUAGUGCGUGUUUCUGUUGGCUGGGAAAUCCCAGGCGACGUGAGGAUGGCCAAUCAAAAUCUUACUGUAGAGAACGAAAUGCACGGGCAUCGGGCAAAACUUCCUCGGCAAAACAUCAGAAACAAGCUGAUAGCUUUUUCUUAGGAGAGUAUCAAGAUACCCACUGUUUAGAAUCUACAAACAGGGACCAAGAGUCACAGGUCUUUAUUGUGCCAGAUUGUGACUAUAAAGCAAGAACAUUCAUAAAAGGAAAUGAGAUUGCAAAGCACCUUUGUGAGUCACCAGGAGGUCAUGAAAAUAUAAAUCCUUUUGAGGCACCAGAACUGAUAUCCACGCAUCAGCUUUUAUGCACUCAGUCAGCAAAAAAUGUAGAUUUCUUAGGAAAGACAGCAGCUAAUAAUGUAAGUGGUUCAUGUCCUGCUUCUGCAGAUGGUUCUGUCACCCUGCCUGCAGGAUUAAACACUAAACACGCCAUUUGUGUAUGCUGUAAUGAUUCUUCUUGCAUUUCACAUAUACCCACCACCCAUAGCAGUACUCAAAAUACUAACAAAAACGUGUGUUCCACAGACAACAGUAAAACAGAAAAACCUAAGCCUUAUAGCAGCUGUGAUAUUAACAUGUGCAAUAGAGACAAUCCCUACCUGACAGUGGAUUGUUUAGAAGAAAAUGCAACAUUUUCAAAACCCCCAAAAUCCAAAGAAAUAGGCGAAGCUAAUGGGAUUUGCCAAUGCCUUCCAAUAGCGGUACCUCUCUUGGAAAGUCCUAGUACUAGGCCAGUAAACUUUUCAUCCCAUUUUGCCAGCGAACAGGCAAAUUCUCUACAGGUUAGUAUUUCAGACAGCUUCAACUCUGUUCUUAGAGAUUUAACGAACUUGACCAAGCCAGAAACUCUCACCGCUGAUUCAAGACAAGGAACUUCAUCCACAGGAGAAUGGGAGAAAAGUCAUAACAUGGAUUCCAGGCAGAAGAAAAAACGCACCAAGCGAACAUUACCACAUGCUGGCCAGAAGGUGGCUCUGACUACCAGCAUGGAGGAAAGUGAUUCAGACAAGACAUGUAAGGGGAAUGAUAGGAGAACUGCAGGGAUUUGCAGCAGGCUACAGAACAGAAAGUAUCGCAGCCUUCAAAGCUCCAACUCUCAAAGCAGUGCUAGUAGCCCUGGCCAGUCACGUUCUAACACACAGUUUGAUGCACAGAACUUUGUUCAGCGUGUGAAGGAAAGGCUGCAAUCAGUCAGAAGCCUGGCCACUUCUAGGCAAGCUUCCCACCUCUCACCAUCUGGGCAAAAUUUGCCUUUGCAGACCAGUCAUGAAGCCUUCAGAUCAGUAGACAGUUCUUUAUUAGGAUCUGUGCCAUCAAAAUCAAAUGUCCCUUCAAAUGUCAAAAGCAUAAUGUGCUCACCCAAUCAGCCACCAUCAACUGAUAGAGCAACAAAGUCUCCUGUAAGAUUCAAUAAUUGGAACAAUUCAUCUUCAAGGAAAGUGCGAGCUUCAUCUUUUGGUGCUCAGAGUGCCCUUCAGCAGUUCACAGAAGACCCUAUCUGUAAUAUCACCAACCUUUGGCAUGUUGGUGAAAGUGAGAGAGGAAAUGGUCUCCAAAACAUGGAUUCUGCAUAUGCAUCCUUUCGAAUGGAGCAUGAGAUUGGUGCAAAAUACCGUUGCUGGUCAACUUGGAGUUGUGGUGACCUUGCUGAUGACAAAAAAGGUGCAAAGAAGUUGAAAGCCAGUAGCUGUCCUGAAGAUGACAUCUCAUUUCCUGACCUUAGCUCAUGUGGUUUGCCUCAUCAGAAUGAUAUGCUGAGACUUAAGCCUAAUCGCACCUGGCCUUCUCAGUUAUACCGUUGCAUCUCAUCAUCAUCAUCAUCAUCGUCGUCAUCAGUCUCCACUCUUUUCUCACAGGUAGAUUUAGAGCAGAGUUCAGAUUCUGAAUCUCAAGGAUACAACAUGUGCAAUUAUAUGAAUGACAGGCCUUUUGAUGGAGAGGAUUGUUGCAGUGAUGAAUCUGAAACAUUAGCAGCAUCAUUAAAAGUUUUACUAGCUGGGAGCACAGCGGAUGUCAUGGAGACUGAAAAAAAUGAUGUUGCUGAAAACCGAAUAAGACUUCCUGUCACAGACACAGGUCUUCAAAGUGAGAGAGAAUCUGGUCUCUCAACUCUUUAUAGGGAACUUUAUCAUGGUGAGGUGGAAAUUGAUAGUGAUGAGGAGUGGAAGUUCUUAGCCACAGUUGUCAACAUUGAUUUUGAUGAUGCUGAUUGGGGUGCUUCAACAGUAAAAGACAGAAGUAAGUCUGGGCAAUUCCAGUGGAACACAGAGCAGUCAAAUAGCAGUGGUGCCAGCAGUGACGAUCAGGAAAGAGACAUGCUUGGCUCUGGAAUCACUGGAAGAAGUGCAUUUAUUGUACACAGGCAGCUUACAGAGCCUGACAAAAAGUGGAGCAGCAAAGAGCUCCCUGGCAGUUUGCAACCCAAGUCAGAGCAUCAUAGCCCAGGUGGUAAUGAUUUGGAAGAUGGAUGGUUUGAUUCACCUGGGAAAACAUCAUCCAGAAAAGAACCAACAUCUGAACAGUGGCAUUCUACAAAAUACCAGAUGCCAAGGCAAGCUGACAUGCCAUGUGACACCCAGUCAAGCAGUUAUCUUGUCCAGGAAGAAAAUAGUAGGACAUUUUUGCCCUUUCGGCAGUCUGAGCAGGAUGUGGCUGGUCAUAGCAAUUGGCUAAGCAUGACCUGCCCAUCACUCACAGGUACUGAAACAGUCUGGCCAGGAACCAGUCUGAUAUCUACAAGCGUGAGACAAAAGGCAAGAAGAGGAAACAAUAAAUCAGAGCUGUGUUCUGAUGAGGAGGAAGAAGAUAAUGUUGCUAAUGGGAACAGCACAGAUGAAAAUUACGAAGGUGACACAGAAUUAGACUGUGACUGUGGGGGCUGUGAUGUCACAUUGCAUGGAGACUGGAUGCAGGUCACCAGAUUGUCUUUGGAUGAAAAUAAUUCUGUUAGCAGCUCCUCUGGCAUUCCAGUCCAGUCAUCCUUGCGUGGUGCUGAAGGCAUUUUAUCAGAAGAACAUAAUGCAGCUUCUUCAAGCAGUAUACCAAUGUUGCCAAACUUACCAAGGAAUCAAAGUUGGACAGAUUUUCCUAGGCAGUUGACAGAUGAUGGAAACAUUGGUGGAGCAUCAGGUAGGCAAAGAAGAUCCAGAGGCAGAGAUUUUCAGAGACAGUCAUCAGAAGACGAGAGCUUGAUGAGGAAUUCAGAAAGGCAGUCUAUGAGAGAAGUGCAUCCAGGCUUAGUCUUGACAGGAAAUGUUCUUGAGGAUGUAGAUCUUUUAGGGACCUUCCUUUCAAGUCACUGGGAAGAACUCUCAUACCACAUGAGUAUUGUUGACCGUUUUAUAGAAGCUUUUGCAGCAUGUCUUUCUGAUGCGCCAAGGUUAACUGAGGAAGAAUUAGAACGUCUGACUUCUUUUCCUGCCAGUGCCAUAGAGGAAGGAGAAACUUGUGCCAUUUGCCUCAGCAACAUCCAGUUCCAAGAAAUGGUUAUUCGUCUGCCCACAUGUUCUCACUUGUUUCAUACCACAUGCAUCACAAAAUGGCUUAGCACUUCCAGGAGCUGUCCAGUCUGCCGAACAGUGGUCCAGGUGCAGUCAACUUUAUCAUCCUCAGAGCUCAACCUUGAACAAAACUUGAAAGAUUUUUCUAAGUGAUCUUCAGACAUUUUCAUUUUUGAAAGCAGUGACAUGUCUAUUUGUAGUAAUUACUGUUUUGUGGGCCCACCUAGUCUUCAUUUCAUGAAAUAACUUGGGCCCAUUUUUAUAACUGAUAAUAAUGAACCUUUCCUGAAUGUUAGAAUGUUAGUCGUCAGUCUAAUAUACACUUGAUAAACUGAAAUAAUUCCUGCGGAUUUCUAUACUGGUUCAGUUUAUUUUCAUGCCUUCAUUGAAGAAAAACUGAAAUGUAGUUACGUGUAAUCUUUAUCCCAUUAUCCAGAGUGAUGUGGCAAGUGAUUAAUGUUUAUUCAGUAAAAUGCUUCAGUAUUCCACUGUCAGACAUUUAUACUAAUGCACUGGAUGUGAUAUUUCUUUGGUACUCACAUUUAUUGUUUAUGUAUUAUGUAUUUUUGGCUUUGAUAUGCCAGAUUACUUGGUUGAAAAAAAAAGACCAUUUCAUUUCACUGCUUGAAUAAUUGGCGUCUCCACUCAAAAAUUAUUAAAAUGUAAUCAACCAAA